AUGCUUCCUAUGGUGCUCAUACUCGAUUCAACCUACAAGACCAACAAGUAUAGACUUCCAUUAAUGGAGAUGGUUGGUGUUACCUCAACUGAGGAGAUAUAUUCUAUUGAGUUUGCAUUUCUUGAAUGUGAAAAAGAGGAUAACUUUACUUGGGCGUUAGAGGUGUGUCAGACACUGUUGAAGGAUCAAGGUGAAAUGCCUAAAGAAAUCGUUACCGAAGGGGAUACCACAUUGAUGAAUUCGGUUGCAACGAUAUUUCUUUCUUCUAAUGCAUUACUUUGUAGGUAUGAUAUAACAAAGAAUGUGACGUGUUUCCAUACAUUGCGGUUAUCCCUUAGUUACUCAAGUCCUAGUUACAAGGCGCGAGUGAUGCACAAGAAAGUGUGUGAAAAGUAUCCAGAUUUGUUGAAAUAUGUUGAAAGUACAACUCUUGACGAGGUGAAGAAGCAAAUUGUAUGUGCAUGGACUGAUAAUGUCAGACACAUUGGAAAGACAACAACUAACAGAGUUGAAUCUGCCCAUGCUACUUUGAAAAAAUGGUUGGGAAAUAGAUCCGAUAGCAUAAAGUGUGGAUGCACAAUUGUGAAAACAUAUUGUCUCCCAUGUGCUCGGGUUAUUGCUAAAAAAGUGAAACUUGGUGACAUGAAACCUCCCUCUCAACCGGUAAAAACUAAAGGUGCUCCAAAGAAAAUGAAGCCUACACUGGAUGACAAUUCAGCUACACGGAUUCCUUCAUAUUUUGAACAUGUUGACAAAGUUUACCCGACUCACCAACUCCAAAAUCUCAAAAAAAGUGUUGUCAAAGGAGCUCACAUUAGCAAACCACCUCUGACGCCGCCCCCGCCAAAGAUUUCAUUCAUCGACGAGAUGACAGUUUUUAUGCAUAAAUAUAUCGAGAUGAUCGUCAACGUUGAGGGGGACGGUUCUAUUAUAGGUUCUGUUUUGAAACUAAUUCAGGAGAAAUUUCGGAGAUGCGUCUUCGGAACAAGAUAA